AUGUCUGCCGAUGACCCAUUCUCCUUUCUGCCCGCGGAGCAGGCCAAACCCGCGAAAAAACACUGGAAGAACAAACUAUUCUCUAAGGAUAAGAAUAAAGCUGCGUCGCAUCAAACUCAAGAAAUCGCAGACUUCCUGGGCUCUCGCAACCCAGAAUCAGCGCCUCCCCCACCUAUCGACCCGCGAUACAUUCCUCCGCAAAACGCUGCCCGUUUCCCUUCCUCAGACCUCUCCGGAUACCCCACCAAGUCAGUCCCUGCGCCGGCAUCGGCAUCAGCCCCAGUCUUGCCACGCGAGAACUAUGCGCCGUUCAAUUUCUCGGAAUCUACUACUGUGCCCGCGCCCACUCCUGCCUCGGCUAAACCUAGUGGUCGCAAAGGGAAAGGAUUGCGGGUGGGUUUCAGCCCUCAAACCCCAGAAGUGAUUGGCGAAGGAGGCGAUGAGACGGAAUCGCCAACAAUUGAGAUUUCGCGGGCUCGUGAGAGAUCGGACAGCAAGGGGACCCAGUCUGGCAAUAUCCCUGCAUCCCUCUCGGAAGCUUCGCGGUCACAUCUGCCAAAUCUCCGACUUGACACAUCGCUGGACGAUGCCGAUGCGCGAUCCAGAAAGGCGGCUCGUUCGCCCCGUGAGGGGUCGGACUGGAAACCCCUGCUGAUGCAAAAUUCUCAGGAUGCAGACUUGUUGAUGUCCUUGCCUUUGAGCGACAGCGGCUCUCGAUUGUCAUUCCGCGGCGAUAGCGAGGCAAGUUCAUUCGCACAACGCGUCCGCGACAAGAUGCAAGCAGAGGAAGGUCGCGCAUUGCAUCACCGCUAUGAUGAAGAUACAUCAUCUCCUGGAGCCGAAGAUGAUGAUAUCUCGACUCCUCCCAGCCCUCAGAGCCCAGAACCGCCCAUAAAAGCUUACAAUCCCAAAUCGGCUUACGAAACAGCUCCAACGACGGGGCUUCCCCAUGCGCCGUCAAUUUCUCUAUCGAUGCGAUCUAUUGUCGAUUCGAUUCGGAACCCCCCUAGCCCCUCCACACAAUAUGCGCCAGCGAAUCUCAGCCCCAUUGACCCACGAAUGCCCACGAAUCUCAUUCCAGGUAGCCCCGGCAAGGCUUCACCGACAUCUGCUAAAGCGCCAUCCCAGGACCUGCCUGCAUCAAGCCGGACGUCACCCCCCAGUCGCGAAGGCCAAGAGCCGCCACGUAGCUCUCAACCCCCCAAAUUCUCUCUUCGAAAUGUUGCCAGCCAAGUUGGCGACACCGCGUUUGCUGAAUUCAUUGCGUAUAAUGCAGGAUAUGAGCGCAUUAUUAAACUUGCAGCAGAGGAUGUCAAGCCAUUGGUUGAAACAUCGCUCGCAGAAUGGAUUCGGGCUGCAGUCUGGUGGUUUUUGCGAGGAAAGACACGAUUGGAAACGUAUGCCCGUUCCCGUUCGACACUGCCACCUACCUACGCCAAGCAAGCUGUGAUUGAUCUUGGAAAGGCAUUAUGGAUAAAUGAAAAUAUUGUGCCUAGCCAUCCUGAACUCUCUCGAUACGGUUCCAUGAGCGUUGACGCCCUACUGGCCGUUUCGAGUACCACCGGCGACAAGGAGUUGGCUGAUCAUCUGAGUAUACAUCAAACUCUCAUCAAUCACCUCCGGUCGCUGGCAAUGUCUAUCAAACGAAACAACAUCCUCACCUUGGUUGUCUCAGAUGAAGGCUCUCCUAGCCAGCUGGAUACUAGUGUCUGGCUGCGGUACCCCUUUUAUGCGCCCGACGUUUCAGCAGUUUUAUCUGGUGCGGCAACAAGAUCAAUGUUGGUAGAUAACGCGGGAAAGACCCCAAGUUUGGUACACAUGAUGCCUUUGGGCGACACAAGUCGAUACUUCAGCUAUGGUAGCAUGUUCGUGCAGGUCUGUGUCAGCUCCAGUGAUGAUGAUGGCCAACAACAAUAUGCCAUGCCCUGCGCAUUGACCAUCGUCCGCGAACGAGCGGAUUGGUAUGUAUUUGCGGCAAUCACUAGCCAAAGUAAACUUGUCAACAUUUUGAUUCAAUCCGAUCGCAAGCAGGGACCGACUUGGGAGGAUGUGGAUUGGCAAGUCCGGUCUCAUUCUAUGCGAGUCAAGCUCCCCCGAGGAUUCGAGUUAGAUGUUAUGUUCAAGGAAGACGAUUUCAAGACUCUUUGGAAUAUCGUCAAAUACACCCAGCAGUCGGAGAACAGUCUCCAUCCGGAGGCAGGCGAGACUGUCGUAUUUGAGAAUACUCUCAAGGUUUUCCAAUAUAUGGAUCCCGGGACACCAAAGGCAUUCCCUUCAGACCCUACAGAAAGAUCUCGAAUCCGUUUGUUCGAGCGAUCUGUCACCGUGACAGAAGGCACUGGUACUCGCAAUGCGCAUCGGGGAUUCCGACUAGCUAUCCUGACCAGUCCCAAGGUCAAGACUUUGAGCAGCAUUCGCCAUACUUUGGGCAACGGCUCACCGAUAUUGUUCGGUCUGUUGCGAGGCGAGGACGGUGCUCCUGCUCUUCUCCUCAAAGUGACUGAGGGAGGCCGUACGAGAUCCAUGUUGAUGACUUUCCACGAGGUGGCUGAACGUAACAAAAUACACUCCGUGCUGCUCGGCAUGAUUCCACGCGAGGGAGAGAUCAAGUCACCCGAGUUCGCCAUCCAGUCUUAUUCCAUUGAGCAGCCCGAAGAUUCCUUUACCGGCCAGCCCGCAGUCAAACACCUCCAGUUCCCAGCUGGAAGCGUGUCCGUUAUCGAUCAGGAGCAUGCUUACGUCGAGCAUGGUUAUGGACCGACCAUUCUAUCGGAACAUCUGAGGGCCUUUAUUGCCACUGAAUGGGGUUCCGUCACGGAUCGCAUCAACUUAGGACCCGGUGAAUUGAAAAUUGGUUUGGAUGUCCAGAGCAAGACGAGCAUGAGCUUGUUCCGCUCUGCGCAGCAGGAUCUGACCCUUUCCCUUGCGGAUAACCUUGUUCGCCCUGAACUGGUAGGACAAUUAACUGGCUUCCUUGAGAAAAUCACGGCGAAGCCUAUGAUACGCCGGCUGGACUUCCCAACAAUGCAGGAUCUUCAUGCCUUUGAGGCAGCUGUGACUGGUUUCCAGGUGCUUUACGAUGGUAUGGCUACAUCAUUCACCAUCUCCCGUCGGCGGAGUAUGGUUCCCAUUUAUAAGAAAUGGGAAGCUUCCCUGGCACGAGUCCAGAUUGUUCGACAAGAGAAAGUCGUUCAAAUGCUUGCUUUCUUCGGGGACUUCCAGCAUGGCACAUGUAUGAACUUUGUUCUUAAGGGGACUGAUAUCAUGGAGUCCUUUGGCCGGUCCGGCAAGUUCGGAAUUCGCAUGGUAGAUGCCAAGUUCGCACUACCUAAGAAAGACGAUAACCCAGCUUCCAACUUUGUGUGUCUCGACAUGCCUGAGUAUCCCAUUGAACACGACGAUCUCACCAUCACGUUCGAUACAGAGGCUUCAUUUUUUAUCAUGUCGCACUCUAGCGAAGCCAUUGGCACCUCUACGCGUUCUCUGCAUGCCGAUGAUGCCCUGAACCUCGUUACUGAUGUUGCUCCUCCUAUGCAUCUCUCUACCACAUUUCGUUAUUCCAAUGAUCCAACCCAGCUAGUACCGGCUGCCGAUGCCAUACCUGCCGACUUUGAUCCAACCUCCCACAUCUACUCGCGCAUGUCCGCGCCAAAUCCCACUCGCUUUGAAACCAUCCUCUCCUCCCUCAUACACGGUCAAGUCAUAAGCUACUCCUCCGGCCUAUCAGCCCUACACGGCGCCCUCACCCUCCUCAACCCUCGCCGCAUCUCCGUCGGUGAUGGCUACCAUGGCUGCCAUGGUGUCAUCGCCCUCUUCACCCGCCUAACAGGCCUCCAAAAGCUGCCGCUCGACUGCUCACCCGAUCAACUCGAAAAAGGCGACGUAAUCCUCCUCGAAACACCCGUCAAUCCCCAAGGCACUGCCUUCGAUAUUGCGUCCUACGCCGCCAAAGCCCACGCCCGCGGUGCAUACCUCAUCGUCGACAGCACCUUCGCCCCACCCGGCCUCCAAGAGCCAUUCCAGUUCGGUGCAGAUAUUAUCAUGCAUUCGGGCACCAAGUACUUCGGCGGCCACAGCGAUAUGCUGUGCGGUGUCCUUGCCACCAACCGCGACGACUGGGCUGCACAGUUGAAAUCUGACCGUCUCUUCAUCGGAACCGUCAUGGGCAGCAUGGAGGGCUGGCUCGGCGUCCGCAGUCUGCGCACACUGGAGAUCCGUGUCCAGCGCCAAAGCGAGAAUGCCACUCGUCUCAUUUCCUGGCUUGAUGCUGCUCUUCACGCGCCUAAUCCUGCGCCUGACAGCGAUGAGGCGGCGGUACAGGCUGUUCUUGGUGAGGUCCUCCAUGCUAGUUUGCAGAAGGUUGAGGGCGACUGGUUGAAGAAGCAGAUGCCUAAUGGGUUCGGACCUGUUUUCUCUAUUAUUAUGAAGGAGAUGCGGUUUGCGCCAUCCCAAUAUACCUCCAAAAAUACAGAAUCGCUUCCUGCGCCCCUGAAACUAUCCGAUCUGUUUGGCGAAUUGGAACAGCGUUACCCUGGCAUUGUUCAGAUCCUGUCUAGUUGUGGUAUUAGUCUGAACGGCGAGUAUGUUGAUGUCGAAGAGGAGGGGGAUGUUGUUAUUCAGACUGGAGGUGAGGUGGCUGUUAUUCCCCCUGUGAGUUCGGGGUAG